GGCGCAGCAUGAUGACGAAAUGACAGACUGUGCUUUUAGCUGCAUGGGGGGAUAAAUAAGACGCAAAACAUGCAACGAAUAACUGUUUACGGCUAUUAUAUAGCUACCGUUUAUAGCUUUCUAAUAGGUGAUUAAAGUACCUUGGUGUUGCAGUGCAAUUCACUGUACUACUGAUAAAUGUAACCGCAAUGUUUGUGAUCACGGAGGAUGCACUGGACUUACUUGCAGCAGCUGCCAAAAUGAAUUAAUGAUGCAAAGUAGACAUUUUAGUAGCGAUCAAAUUGCUUUCGGUGAAACUUACAGCUCUCCCGGGCUCCUGGUGUCAUCGAAAUAUUUGCAGGGACGUUCUCAAGUGAAUCCAGUCAGGCUAGGCUAGCUGUUUGCAUGGCCAUGGACAUGCACCAUAUCAUGGGGAAUUAAGGCUCUGUCGCGUUGACAUCGCAGGUUCGCUCUGUUUGAGAGUGUAAAUUAACAGAGUCUGGGAAUUAGUGCUUAAUUUCCCACAUGACCCCAUCGGUGCAAAUGUGGGUCGAGAGGAAGUAAUAUUAGGCGGCAUGCUAAAUAGCCUCAUGCGUUUCCCUUAUAGAAAUCCAGCAUAGGAUGAAGUGGGAAAUGCUUACAGGGCAUCGGUUUAUUGGAACCCUGUAUCGAGAUGUAAACUGGCACGGUACAUGCAAAAAGAGCCAGCUUUUCAGCUAAUAUAAGAUUAUUUUUUUAAUUCAUAUUUUUUCGUUAGCCAGCAACCAGUGAGUAUAAGCAGGUAAGACAAGUAAGGAUCUGCUUAAUGGCUGAACUACGGAGAAUACAGCUGACCACCCUCUCAAGCAACGUGCCGCUGCCCGCAAGUUUACUAAAGAUCCCGGCAAAGGAGGAGGGGGCUGUUGCAGCCGCUUUGCAGAACGGGAAGGUAGAGACGAGUUUACGGCUGGUUCUCGCCCUUUUCGAGCCCGAUCAGAGGCGCUGUCCGGAGUUUUACUACCCUGAACUAAUUAAGAAAAAGAGCAAUGCGAUCAAAGAAUCAAAUAAGAGUUUGGAGGAGGAGAGUCAGAAAGGGGUCGAGGCCCUGGCGAAGAAGUUCGAACAGAAAUACGGUGGAAGCAAACGGAAGAAAGAUCGCAUGCAAGACUUGGUUGAUAUGGGCUAUGGAUAUGAUGAGACCGAUUCAUUCAUUGAUAACUCGGAAGCAUAUGAUGAACUUGUUCCAGCCUCUCUUACAACAAAGUACGGAGGAUUUUAUAUUAAUUCGGGGACCCUGCAAUUCAGACAAGCUUCAGAAUCUGAGAGUGAUGACCAUAUCAAUGACGAAAAGAAGAAACUAAAGUCCCCAAAGAGGAAGAAAUUAAAAGAGGGUGAUGUAAAGUCAGUCAAGAAGAAAAAGGAAGGCCAGCACAAAAAAUCCAAGAUCACUAAGACGGGAAUUGUGCCGCUCAACGCCACAGAGGAGAGGAAGAAGAAGAAGCACUCUGGCAGUGUGGCUGUCAGCGAAAUGCUGAAGCGAUUCGAGAAGGCCAAGGAGUCGUUGCCAAGAGAAGAAGCCAAACCGGCCCCCAGCGUGGCGCCGCUGAACCACGAGGCAGACGUGGGCCUCAACGUCACCGACCCCCUGCUCUCCCUCAUCGGCUCCACCAACGAGAGUGACCUCCUGCAGGCCGCCAGCACCAUCGACUUUGACAUCGAUCUGGACAAACUGCUGUACGAGUCCCCAGAGCCGAGCCCCCCCGGGCUGGAUGAGAACAGCGAUCCUAUGGCUGGGGGCCAGCCGCAGAAGCAGCCCCCCCCUUUCCCCGAGGGGCUCCACCCAGCACUGGAGAAGAGAAUCAGAGAUCUGACUCAGGCUGCCAAAGGCUCCGAAGGAGAAGGGAAGCAAAAGUUUUUCACUCAAGAUGUAAACAGCAUGCUGCUUGACAUUGAGAUUCAGUCCCGAGAGCUCAGCAGUCCGCUUCGCUCGGGGAUUUACGUCUAUCUGGCUUCUUUCCUGCCGUGCAGCAAAGACACACUCGUCAAAAGGGCCAAGAAACUGCAUCUGCAUGAGCAGGACGGCCGUCUCAAAGAACCACUUCAGAAGCUGAAGGAGGCUAUCGGUCGAUCGAUGCCCGAGCAGAUCGCCAAGUACCAGGAAGAGUGUCAAGCUCACACGCAGGCCAAGUUUGCCAAGAUGCUGGAGGAGGGAAAGGAAAAAGAUAAGGUGGUUUCGGAUGAAGACGAGGAUGAGGAGAAGACUGGGAAAAGGGUAAUGGGACCCAGGAAAAAGUUUCAGUGGAAUGAAGAAAUCAGGUACUUUCUUUGCACGGUGGUCGAACUGAAGAUCGGCAGGUAUGAACUGGAGAGGAAUAAGUCUCAGAGCGCCGAGGAGUACCUCAAGGUUUUCCUCGAGGCUGAAGUCAAGCCGCUUUGGCCCAAAGGCUGGAUGCAAGCUAGGACGUUGUUCAAGGAGACCAGGAGGGUUCAUGGUCACAUGACUUGCAUGCCGACAAAGAAGAAGGUCGUAACUGCUCCGAAAAUGAAAACAAAGGAACCACUAGUGAAGCUUGAGAAGAAAUCUCCUGCCCUGCCUGGUCCGGUGGCCCCCCCAGUGUUGGUGCCCACUUCAGGGGGCCUCCUUAGCCUCUGUAACGUAGCUGCUCCCUGUCCCAGCUCUGUGGUGCCCCCUCAUGCCUUCACCAUGGACGAUUCACUGGAUGGGGACCUGAUCCACAACCCCCCCUCACUGGGGGCCGUGUCAGAGGAGCUGGCAGCCCUCAAUCACGACGGCAGGGGGGGGCCCGACUUCUGCUUCCCCUUGACGUGUAAGCCGUCCCCAGACGUUGGCCCACCAGAAGGCCGGAAGGGUGCCCUCAAGCCGUCCAGUGCGGCUGGUGCUCCCUCACAGUCACCUCUGAACCUUCUGGCGGAGCAGGCACUCACCCACGGGCAGAUCACAGCAGACCGGAAGGCCGACGGCACCCAGGUGCUGGUCAUCCCGGCCUACAAGGAUGGGGCGGCAUCCCCCAAGACUCUGUCCAGCCAGGUGCUGGCAGACGGAAUGCAGGCCAAAGCGAAAAGUUACGUCCUUCCCAAAGCCACGCAGCCUAACCUAUCCAAUCCUGUGCCAUCCCUGGCUCCCAAAUCCUUCCUUCAGCAUAACCAGCACCAGAAGGGCUUUCCCACGACCAUGCAGUUCGGGCUCGGUAACCUGCUGAGUGGAGCCCAGGGCAAGGCGCCUAAGUACGCACCCACCUGCCCAGGCGUCCAGACGCCAGCCUCGAAGGGGCAGGCUUUCCUCGGUCACCCCUCCGCCUCGCCCAGUGUUGCUGCAGUCACCUCCAUCAACCUAGGCAAGAUGGCCGCUCCCCAAAGCUACCUGCCCAAGCCACACAGCUCCGCUAACCCCAGUCCGCCUUUCCAGCCCACCUUCUCCCUGCCUGCCGUGACCAAGCCCGGUGCGUCCCAGAGCCGGCUGGUGCAGAGUGUCCCCGGCUCCCUCCAAUCCAUCACCAGUGUCAUCGCAUCACACAAAUCCCCUUCCCCGAAUCAAGUCUUGGCCGUGUCGACGUUGCCCAGCACGGCGCCCAAGAAGAUCUCCUCCCAGAAGCUCACUUUGGUGGCCCCGCCUUGUGGAGAAAAUGGGGAUUCUGCCAACGGCUCUCAAGGCGUGGCAAGACUCCUCACGUCUUCGCUUAAUCCUACGGCAGUCCCCUCCGCGUCUGCCCCAGUACCAGCCGGCGUGAAGAGCACCUCUGCGCCAACGUUGUCCAGCCCCGCUUCAUCUUCUCUCAGCCUCCUCUCAAUGGGCAGCGCAAGCCUUGGGACCGCGGGGACGUUGGGCAUCCUCCCGGCCAUCGUCCCCAUGCACACCUUUAGCUUCCCGGUCCUCUCCUUCGGGCCGGACUCGGUGACCCCGUCCCUAGGCUCGAAGGACGCCGUCAUCACUGGACCGGCCCCGGGUACCUUUAACCAUGGCCUCGCCCACAGUCUUUUUGCCAGUUUGCGUUCUAGUCCCGUCCACCCACCACAGCUCGCUCAAUCCACUCUCUCCCAUUUACAGCAAAGUCUGCAAGAUGGAAACCAAAUCCAUGGCGAAGUCCCCAGUGCUCAGAGGAAGGUGCAGUGACCCCCGGAGGACGAAAAGAAACAUUCGGACCCAGUUUAUAUUGAAAUAAAGUAUUUAUUUCUCUCCCUCCCCAUUAAGCAACUUUGGUCAUAGUGCUAAAUAGUGACUUUUUUCAUUGGAGACCAUGAUUAUCAUCUGAAGGCCCAUAACACUCUGAAUACUCCAACUACAGUUCUUAUGUAUAACACAUUUCAUGUGAUUACUUAUCUUAGGUUGGAAGCAUAAUAAUUAAUUAGUGUGUUAAUAGAACUUAUAGGUUAAGUACCUUUUUAUCACUCUUCAGUUUCAACGUACUUAAUUUGUGGUGUUGCUUAGCUAUGUAGUGUUUUUUCCACACUUCUCGCUCUGGGUAAUCUAACCUGCUUAUUGAGGGUAAAUACCAGUCCACAGUAUUCCGCUUUCUACCGUGAACAUGUUGAGCUAUUUGCCAGUAUAAUUAGGGGAUCACAUUUCAGAUUUAGGUUUAUAUUAAUUUAAUAUUACCUGAUGUCUUUCUGUCAUAAAGUGCAAGAGUUUAUUCUAUAGCUUUUUUAAAUUUGCUUGGGUAUUUAAUUUAUUUUGGUUUGUCGCCAUCUUUAGCAAAUGUUUUUGCACAGUUGAGAUUCUAGCUAUUAUCAUUUGACUACUGCAGCCAGUGUUAGUAUUAGCUUUAGGACUCCGGUCCCGUAAUCCAGUGCAUCUAGAUCCGGCUCUCGGGGACCCGCAGACGGUGCCACGUUUUUGUUCCCGAGAACCGGGUUUGGAUGCACUGCCUUAAUCGAUGAUGAUUUUGACUUCCUUGAACAGCGAAACGUGGUCGUAAGCUAAUUUUAAAAUGUCUACACUGUUCAAGCUCAGGAGUUAUGGGAUUAAUUUUGAGCCAUGUACUUGAAUGUUUGUAUAUAUAACAACCCAAUGCUCUACAUCAAUGUGAAAUUGCACUUAAUUCUUUAUCAUACUUGUUUGUAGUGGGAUCAAAUUUCAAGGCAUACGAGGUCUGUCCGACUUGUAUAUAAAGCGCUUAAUGUUUUGUAUUUCAAAUUUUUGCAUUUACGAGAUGCAGACUGUUCGCAAAAUAAAGAUUUUUUUUUUCCUGUAAAA